AUGGGGGUCCGGUUGGGUUUGAAGCCGCAAAGGAAGUGGGGACAGGGAGGCGUCUUGGCCCGAAGCCCCGCCGGCUACAGAGGCAAGUGUCGCUGGGGCCUCUUGGAGCUGCAGGACAUGAGAAGCAGAGGAUGGCGCCCUUGGAGGGGUCCCUCCUACCGCUUCCGGCUCGGCUGCGCCUCGGUGCUCCGAUCUGAGAGCACUGAUGUGCCUGGGCAGCCGCGCGUGCAGGUCGGGGUCCUGAGCAGAGUCAAGGUGGCUGUGAAUGAGGAUAAGGAGCAGUGUCUGAGGCUGUGCACUCCGUCUCCAAAGCGGCGGCCAGCACCCCAGGAGACUCUCGCAGAACAGAGGAAUAAUCAUGUAGAAGAACUUCGACUCUCAGACUGGUUUAAUCCCAGAAAACGCCCUGAUGUGAUAACAGCCACAAACUGGCUGGCUCCUAUUGUCUGGGAAGGCACUUUCAGUAGAGAGGUGCUGGAAAACCACUACAGAAAGAAGAACCUCACCCUGGGCUUGGCUGUCUUUGCUACUGGCAGGCUUGCAGAUCAGUACCUGGAGCUGUUCUUGCGCUCGGCGAACAAGUACUUUAUGACUGGCUACAGAGUGGUCUUCUACAUCAUGGUGGACACCUUCAGCAGGCUGCCCCAGCUCAAGUGGGGGCCCCUCCGACAAUUCAAAGUGUUUACUGUCAUGGAGGACAGCCAGCCGGAUGAUGUCCACCUCACGCACAUGAAGAGCUUGGGCAGUCACAUUGUCCAGGACAUCCAGGGCGAGGUCGACUUCCUCUUCAGUAUGACCGUCACCCAGAUCUUCCAGAACCAUGUCGGGGUGGAGGUCCUGGGCACAUCUGUGGCUCAGCUCCAUGGCUGGUGGUACUUUAAGAACCCCGAGAGUUUCCCCUACGAGAGGAGGCCCAAGUCAGCAGCUUGCAUCCCGUUCGGACAGGGCGACUUCUAUUAUGAUGGUGCGUUUGUGGGCGGCACGCCCCUGGAGCUCCUCAGCCUUGUGGAGGAGUACCUGAAAGGUGUCGUUCAUGACCUCAGACUUGGCCUGAACAGCACCUACGAAAAAUACCUCAACAAAUACUUUUUCCUCCGGAAGCCCGCCAAGCUCUUAUCCCCGGAAUACAACUGGGAUGCAGAGUUUUACCCGCCGCCCCAGGUUCAGUAUGUCAAGGUGGCCCAGCAGGCCAAAAGAAGAUUUUGA